CCAUUCUCAAGAUAUGGAAAAAUAUUAGAUAAUAUCCACAGAGAAUGAAAUUUACAUAAUAAUUUUUAAAUCUUCGAAGAGAGCAUAGAAAAAUCAUGGAGAUGACCGAAGCUUCCAAACAGACAACAACUCAUGAACAUGUUCAGAAUCCAGAACCAGACCAAAUCUUGAGUCCUAGACGAUCUUUGCAACUAAAGCAAAAGAAAUGGUGGUUCGCAGUUGCGUUAUGUCUGUUCUUAGUUUUGCUAGGGGAUUGUCUCGUUAUUCUUCUCUUGAACUUCUUCUAUGUUCAAGACCGUCGUGGAGAAGAUGAUAACAAACAUCUACAGUACAAUGGAACAUGGAUGCAAGCUCUGGUCCAAAACGCUGCGUUUCCAGUCCUCAUCCCUCUCUUCUUCAUUUUCCCUUCACCAAAACCUAACCGUGACACCGACAGUACUCGUUUCCUCUCCUUUCGUCUCAUCUUGCUUUACUUCUCCCUUGGUGUUCUUGUUGCUGCUCACAGCAAAUUGUACGCACUCGGGAAGCUAUACGCAGGCUAUGGCUUCUUCUUGCUGAUCUCCGCGUCCCAAUUGAUCUGUACCUUGAUUUUCACAGCUAUCAUUAACCGUUUCAAGUUUACCAGAUGGAUCGUCAUAUCGAUACUUCUCACUCUUGUGAGCUAUGCUUUUGGUAGUCCUCAAUUUGCAGGAGAGCCGGUUGAAAACGAAUAUUUCUACAGCAUCCAAGCUUGGUUAACUUUCUCUGCUUCGGUUGCUUUUGCAUUAACUCUCUGUUUGGCUCAACUCGGUUUCGAGAAACUGUUGGUGAAGGCAAAAAGGUAUGGUAACAAGAGAGUGUUUAGAAUGGUCUUCGAGAUGCAAAUAUGUAUCUCUUUUGUCGCCUCCCUUGUAUGUCUUGUGGGUUUGUUUGUAAGCGGUGAGUAUAAGGAAUUGAAAGGAGAUAGCAAGAGGUUUAAGAAAGGGGAAACAUAUUACGUUCUGAGUUUAGUUGGAUUGGCUUUGUCGUGGCAGGUUUGGGCAGUCGGGCUGAUAGGUCUGGUGCUUUAUGUUUCGGGUGUUUUCGGUAAUAUUGUUCAUAUGUGUGCUUCACCAUUUAUGGCGUUGGUUGUUGGUUUAACAUUUGAUUUUAUGGAUGAUGAGUUUAGUUGGCCUAGAAUUGGUACUUUAAUAGGAACAGUUUUGGCUUUAGGCUUUUACUUCCACACUUUGCACUACAGAAACAAGGAGAAGAUAGUGGAACUAAACCAAAGUGAGAACAAUGUUGAAGUUUAGUCCUCUCAUGGCAUAUUUAUGUCUGUAUUUUGGAAACUAGUCUUUUUCUUCUGAAUGAUGUAUGCCUCUAAUAUCUGUAUAAUAUUUUUUUUGUUUUUUUAUAUAUAUAUUAUACUUUAAAUUUUAAAAAAUGUUGUUAAUGAGGAUUC